AUGUGGUGGCCAUUCCAGUGGCUCAUCGUCUAUCUCUGCGGCGGCCUCACCUUCCUUCCCCUCGCCCUCACCGUCGCCCUCGUCUAUGUGUACCAAUACGGAACCACCCCAAUCGGAGACAAGGACCCUUACAAGUUUCAGAAAGCAACUCUGCAGCACGAUGCCGAACGGGCAGAGCAACUACAAAAACAGCGCUCUCGGGCACCCAGCUCGACCUCGCCCACGGUCUCUGGCUGGAUCACUGUUAGGAAUACGUUCAAUCCCGAUGGCUCGACUGUAGGCAGCGGAAAGCCUGGUAGCGAAUCUCAAGUGACGGGAACUUCAACCCCCAUUACCGAAUCGCCAUCGGAGGAAUUGGCAGAGGAAGAGAGCUGGGGAAAGGCGGAUACGCCGUCGUCGGGUGAACAGACUCCCGGAAGCGCGGAUGCACAGGGAGGCAAGAUGCCCUACGUUCCCUAUACUACGCGUAUCGCCCAGACGUACCGCACCAUCCUCCCCCGCCAGACCAAGGCACCCAUACCUCGACAAUACUUCUUCGGCGUACUCAAAUCCUCCGUGCUCUACCUCUAUGAGGACGAAGCCCAGAUCAACUGUCUACAUGCGAUAGCAGUCGAUGACUACUCUGUCGGCAUCGAGACGCCCAGUGGCAUGUUUGAGGGGAAGGAUGGAGAGAUGUUUGCGAAGCGCCAUGGUAUCGUCCUCAAGAUCAGAAAGCCGGGCAAGGGUAUGCCUCUGCUGUCCAAGAGCAUGGAAGCAACCCAGACCGAGUUCGGACUCGCCAAUAGCCCCAUCUACCUGUUCUCCAAGUCAAAUACCAAGAUGGAAGAUUGGUAUAUAGCUCUCCUGCACGUAUCGGCAGAUCACUUGACCUGCGAUCAAGUCUUCGCCGUGGACGACAUGAAGAACCUCGUAGACACUAUCGACACCGAGCCCGACCCUAUCCCCAUGCGCUGGUUCAAUGCGAUGCUCGGACGUAUUUUUUUUGGCUACUACAAGACGGAAACGUUUGAACAGUUCAUCAUUACAAAAAUCAUGAAGAAGAUAUCCAAAGUGACGAGACCUGGUUAUCUUGGUCCUAUCGUCGUGCGCGAAGUCAAUGUUGGAACGUCGCCACCCCUUUUCUCCAAGCCAAUGUUGAAGAAUCUCGAAAAGGACGGGUCGACAGCUUUUGAGGUCCAUGUCCAACAUCGCUCUCGCGCCUCUCAGCCAGGCUCGGAUAUCCGCCUCACUAUUGCCACUACAGUCACCAUCCCCACCGGCUUCAAACCCUACGUCGUCGAGAUCGUGCUUGCUGUCGUUCUCAAGAGCAUUGAGGGAAACAUGAGAGUGGAGAUCAAAGGGCCGCCUUCGAACCGGAUCUGGUAUGGCUUCACCGAAAUGCCAAAGAUGGAAAUGGAGAUCAUCCCGAUUGUGAGCGAGCGGAAGAUUCAGCUGGGGAUGGUUCUCAAUGCCAUUGAGAAGCAGCUGAAGGAUGCGAUUGCCGAGUCGGUCGUGUUGCCCAAUAUGGACGAUUUGGCCUUCUUUGACACUUCCAGCCUUCCCAUCAGAGGCGGCAUAUUUGAUCUCGCUGCCAAGGAUGAGAGGAAUGCUACUGGAGAGAAGGUAGAGGCACCUGUUGAGGCGCCUGUCGCAUCGAAAGAAGAUCCCGAAUCUGCUGUUCCCACUACAGCCAGCAUCCGACAGAGACAGAAAAAGAAAUCUCAGCUGGCCGAGGGUGAAACAGCGUUUCCGGCGCCCGCUUCCCAAUCUUCCACCGACAGCGGUCCGCCCAUCGCCCGUACCGAUACUGCCCCUCCGGCUGUAGCGACAUCCAACUCGUCCGCUGUUAAGAAGGCUGCAGCCCUCGCCGCUACUAAGAAAUGGUUUGCCCAGACGGGCUCGAAAUCACCCUCUUUGGCGGCACAAGCGAUGGUGGGAAGUCCAGGUGCUGCAGCGGCUGCUUCCUCAUCCAGUGCGCCAGCUCUCGGUGUACCGAAGGACUCUCCAGAAAAGACGGGUAAUUGGGAAAACCAGCCAGAAGUGGCCACUGUCGAAGUAUCGUCCAGUACUACGCCUAGUGCAGAGAGCAUCAGAGGGCAUAACAACAACGGCUCAAUCACAAGCAUGCCUGGGCAGACUGUCCGCAGUGGUCCCUCCUCGGUCAAGGGUUUCGACACGUCAUCAACCCUCUCGGGUAGUAGCACCGAAACUGCAAAUCACACCGUCCCGCAGGCAAGCACUGCUUCUCUUAUCAGCAGCUUCCGUUCCCGAGACAAGAAAGCUAUACAAGCUCAAGUGGGCAGCGCAAGAGAUCAGGUAAAGAAAUGGGGCGUCAGUUUUGCUGCUCGUCGAAAGGCAACACGGGAAGGAGGGGAACUUGGAGCAGGAGACGAAGUGGUGGAUAUGGACGAAGCAGGGCUGCGGGCCCUCUAUAGGCCAAGAGAGGAGGAAGAAGAUGCGAGAGAUGACGAGCCUCUGCCUGUUCAACCACUCUCUGUGGGCUCCCAAAGGAGCUUGCAAGCAAGACUCAAUGCUGCUGCACACGACACUGGGGCUUCUCCUCUCCCUCACAGCAGAUCCCCGAGUGGCCAGGGCGUGCCCAUUCCCGAGCGCAAUAGAUCCCACUCGUCAUCUAAACACAGCUUAUUCUCUGCUUCGCCAAGGGCAGCCAGUCCCAGGGCGUCUGCUUCUACCUCCCCCUCGCAAUGGACCCCAGCCGCGGGUAUGCCUACCACGGGUAUAGACAAAGAUGAUCAUGCGGUCGGAUCCCAUGGGUCUACCAUCUCCGCCUCUGGCACGCAAAGCCACUCGCGUCGGCAUUCCAACGCCACUGCCAUAUCCCUGCAGCCCACUUCUGGACGGAGCAUGGUCGUUCCCCGAGUCCCAAAGAGACCGGGGCAGGUCAUGGGGUUCGGCUCUGAUAUGAGUACGCAAUCUGGGGAGAUCGGGUCCAUCUCGAAGAAGGUGGAUGAAGAUAAAGGCGCUGAGCAUGCCGAGGGUGUCAGAAAGCCGGCCGUGGGACAGCCGCCCAAAUUGCCACCACGCAAGUCGACGGAUGGUGUUAGUGACAAGGCGAAUGAUACGCUUGUAUCUGGGAGUCUGCCUCCCCCUCGGCCCUCGUCACUUACCAGCCUCCCGCCACCUCUACCACCGAGGAAACCUUCUCCUGCAGACUCGGAUAGGUCUGGAGAUGUUCCCCAUUCUGGUAUAUCUUCUACACCUGGCGCUCUCUCUCGUACGUCUCCCGAUAGGCCUGAUCCUGUCCCCGACAAGGGUAGCCGCAUCGACGGAAAGUCGUCAGAUCCAUCACCCCCAAGCGAUGAUACUCUGAUAUCUUCUGUUCGUCGUUCCGAGUCCCCUCGCUUGCCCUCUGAGAGCACAUCUGCUAGUCCAGCGUAUGGGGCCCAGGAAUCCCUUCGGCUGGUCGCACAGAGACAUGAGGAGGCCAAGAAGGCGAAACUUUUGGAAGUAACCGAGAAGGAUGAAGCCGCAAAGAAGGAAAAUGGAGAGGGCGCGAGUCAUUCUGGAGGGGACAUGCUGCCAUAG